UUAAAAGACGAGAACCGAAGCGGAUGCGAGGGUUUCCUUAGCGAAAGGGUGCCCCGCGGCCGCUGCUGUCUCCUCCUCAUAGGCAGCGGACCCAGAGGGGCAGCGGGCCGUUCCGCACCGGGACUGAUGAGCCUUGAUGACAGUCAAUAAAAAGCGGAAACAUGUUCAUGAGGAAACUGUACAGAAAAAGAAAAAAGUGAGAAGCAGUGGUAGCCAGACUGUCAUUAAAACUGAGAAAAGAAUUCAGGCUGCCGCUGAAGCGGAGGAUGAUGACUGGUUUGAGACAAAAAUAAAGGUAAAGAAGAAGGAAAGUGUGAAAGAAGAUGAAUGUUCAGACCAAUUGAAUCUGAAGAAGAAGAAAAACAAAAAGAGGAAGGUUCGCUUUGAAUUACCGAAAGAAAUAUGUUCAGAAGACUUUUUGUAUGUAGAAGGCCAUCAGGAUUUAGAACAAGAAGCAUCAGAGGUAAAAUGUUCUAAAGUGUUCAAAAAGAAGAGAAAAAAAGACCGAUGUCGUGCCUCUUUAUCAGUGAAAAGUAAACAAAAUAGUGAUGUGGAGCUUUCAAAUCAUUAUUCAGCUCAUAUGCAGGAAAAUAAAUUUGCUUUAGCAAAAAGCAGGAGAAGUAACACUUUGAAUUUGAAACUGGAUAGUGAACAAAAUAAGAAAAAAAAGAAGGAAGACACCUUUUCUUUAGCAUUAGGAGAUAUCCAGGACAGUGAAUAUAAACAGUCUCAAAAAGAUUGCAAAGAAACAAAUGUGCACGCUUCAGAAAGAUCUAUUACUGGUGAAAGUCAUGGAACAGAUACUAUCCAUAACAAUGGGAAGGGUAUGAGAAGAAAGAAGAGGAAGAAAAAGAAAUCUGGCUCCUUUUUGCCACUAGCAGGUAAUCAAAACAUUUCUGCAGUUUGUUAUAGUUCCAUUGCAUUAAGCAGCUUUGGAGAAAGGCACAGAAAAGAGAAGAGAAAAGAAAUUAGAUUGACAGAUAAAGAGGAAAAGGAUGCUACUGAGAACCCAGAAAGUAUCAGAGAGAUGAAGAAGAAGAAAAAAAAAGAUGUUUCCUCCUUAAAGUGUAAAGAUAAUCAGUGCUACAGUCAGAGAGUUCUUGAUGAGCAUCUUCCUACAUUGCAAGAAGUUGAGCCUGAGGAGGAAGAGCUGUCUGGGAGAAAAACCUUGAAGAAAAACAAGAAUAAUAAUGAAGCAACCAAUAAGAAAAAGAAAACGAAGAUAAAAAAAGAUAAGGAAACAACUUUUUCAAAAGUUUCUUUAAGCAAUGACUGUGCACCUAAAAGCCAAAAAAUAACACCCCUAGAAAGCAACAAAAAGAACAAAGAGAGGAAAGUGAAGCCAGCUGAAUGUGUCACAGGGGACACUGCAGGUGAUAGGGUGUUAUGCAAUUCUAGUCAUAUGCUGUCUGACAAGAAGAGGAAAAAAGUACCAGAGGACUCUGCAGAAGAGUCAAGAUCAAAUGCAAGUAUCAAAAAGAAAAGGACCAAAACAGAAGAUGGGGGAGAUAAGAUCUUGGAAGAUGUGGAUGAUGUGACUGUUGUGCAGGAAAAAAAAGGAAACUGUGAUGAAAUUAAUAUAGACAAGGAUACAAAGAUUGGCCAGUGGAGUACAGCUGCUUUUCAAAGUUCUGAGCGAGGGAUGAAAUUUCUUCGACUGAUGGGUGGUUUCAAAAAGGGCUCUGCACCUAUGGAAGAUCUCUCUGUGACUACGAACAAACAGAACAUGGCUUUGAGCAGGGAAGGGGAGGAGAAGUUACAGCAGGCUCUGAAGAUGGAAUUUGACAAAGCAAUGGACUUGAAGCAACACAAAAGAAUUGGUCUUGGAUUUCAACCUGCUGCCAACAGGAAAGUGUACAUAGACAAAUAUGCAUCUAGAUCUAUAAAAUUUGCAGAUUAAAACUGAAGUAAUGGAAUGAAAAUGGGGAAAUUUAUUUUUGCUUUCCACUUAUUUUUACUUGAAAUAAAAUAUGAAGUGUUCAGUACAUUGUACUUAUGAGGCAUUUUUAAUACAAGUUUUCAGCUUCUAGCUUACAUGGAGUUGUGUCCUCACUUGGACACAAAAGGAGCUAAGAACAGUAGGAUCUCAAACCUUUCCAGCGUUUUCCACAGACAAAAGAAAAUUUCCCUUAGAGAUUGAAGGUAUGUGGACAGUGCCUGCAAGAAAGUAAAAAUUGGUAAUUUUUAAAAAAAUAGAUUUGAUAAGCUUUUUUUAGCUGCAUCUUUGCGAUUCAAAAGGAUUUUAAUAUUCUGUAAAAUCUUCAUGUUUUUACACUCAGUGAGCAGUACAAAGUGAUGGUGUUGUACUUGGAAGAAAUACUACUGGGUUGCCUACAAAUUUCAUGAGGGGAGACUUAACCAUGGAAGUGGUUUCUUGACUAUUGGCAUCCUCACUAUAAUAAAAAUACUCCCGAACGUCCUGUUUCAACAUGCUCUAGCAGUGAGUCUCAAGAAGCAGCCGUUACCUGUAAAUAAACACUUUGUGAGCAGGUUUCCUAAAUUAUAAAAUCAA